GGCGCGCUCCUGCUGCAUCCUCUGGUUUCUACGCUGCCGCCAUGUCCGCAAGCAGCUUGCUGGAGCCGAGACCUAAAGGGCAAGGAAACAAAGUGCAAAAUGGAUCUAUUCACCAGAAGGAUGGUUUGAAUGAAGAUGAAUUUGAGCCAUAUCUGAACACACAGGCACGACAGGUUAGCAAGACGUAUAAGAAUAAUGCAUACACCGCCCUGUCUGAUUCAUACUUGCCAAGCUACUACAGCCCAUCAAUUGGUUUUUCGUAUUCCUUAAGCGAAGCGGCUUGGUCCAAUGGCAGUGAUCCCACACCAACUAUGCCAUAUCUUGCUUCUUAUAGUCAACUGAGUAAUGGAGAGCCCCAUUAUCUUCCGGAUCCUAUGUUUGGACCUCUAAGCAAUGCCCCCUUCCUGGGACAGCCAGGGUUUAACUUUUUUCCUAGUGGCAUGGACUUUUCAGCUUGGGGAAAUGGAGGCAGUUCUCCUGGAGCAUCAGCCACAAGCUCGGGAUAUGGGGGAAGUUAUGCUUAUACUCCCAGCAAUUUAGGGGGAGCUGUCCUGGAGGGGCAAACAAGUUUCAAUGGAGGAAAGGCAGUGGGUGCUUUAGAGCAGAGCAUCGGUGCAUUAAAAUUGGGUGGAGAUGGGAAUGCCUUAAAGACUGCUGUGGGCACCAUGCCACCGGCUACUGUUGUACCCCCAAAACCUACUUCUUGGGCGGACAUUGCCAGUAAGCCAGCAAAGCAGAGUUUUACUAAGAUUCUUCCACCUCCGCCUAUUAAACAAAACAUGGAGAUUGGCACCUGGGACAACAAGACCCUUGCUACUAAUGGCCAACCUCCUUCACCUACUGUAGUUCAGCAGACACAGCCUUCUGUCCCUUCCUCUCAGCCCCCCCCAACACGCUGGUCAGCCCCACGUAACAGAGGUUCUGAGCAGACUCAAUCCCCACAAUCCACAGCUGAACCACAUCCGGUGCUGGAGAAGUUGCGUUUGGUAAACAAUUACAACCCCAAGGACUUUGACUGCAACCCUAAGUUUGGACGUGUUUUCAUAGUUAAGAGUUACUCUGAAGAUGACAUUCACCGUUCUAUCAAGUACAAUGUGUGGUGCUCCACUGAGCAUGGGAACAAGCGUCUGGACGCUGCCUACCGCUCUCUCAAUGGAAAAGGCCCAGUCUAUUUGCUCUUUAGUGUUAAUGGUAGUGGCCACUUCUGCGGAGUGGCUGAAAUGCGCUCAGCUGUGGACUACAAUACAUGUGCUGGUGUAUGGUCUCAGGACAAAUGGAAGGGCCGCUUUGAUGUGCGCUGGCUCUUUGUCAAAGAUGUGCCCAAUGGACAGCUACGCCACAUCCGGCUAGAGAACAACGAAAAUAAGCCUGUGACCAAUUCUCGUGACACACAAGAGGUCCCGCUGGAAAAAGCACGCCAAGUACUUCGGAUCAUUUCUAAUUACAAACACACAACCUCCAUAUUUGAUGAUUUUUCUCAUUAUGAGAAGAGACAGGAAGAGGAGGAUAGUGUCAAGAAGGUGAUAAAGAAUUAAGCAGCAAGCUUCAGGUUCAGGUGCAUCUACCAGAUCAUCUCUGCCAUUUGCAACUAUAUCCCCUAAAGUGCCCAGAGGGCACUGGAGAAUGAACUUCAAACAAAAACCCACAGUUACCCCCAUUAAAAACAUGGACCAGAGUGGCUGCGUGCUCUGCACAGCCCUAAUUUCAAAGACAAACAUUUAAACUGGAUUAAUUAACGGGAGGUUCCUAAACCAGGUUUAAGGAUUUUUUUUCUUUUGUUUUCGCUCCUGUGUUUGGACGUUUAUUUUUGAAACUUAAAAUUCACUUUAUUUUUUCUUUAAGAAGAAAAAAUGUGGCAUAUACCCACGUUGCGUUUUUUUGUUGUUGGUUUUUUUUUUAACUGCAUCUUGAUCCCGUAUGUAUACGUUUGUGUUCUAACAGGAGUAGGACUUCGCAUAUUCAACAGGGAAUAUUUCAUUUACCAUGGUAAAUUUCCACUGGAUUGAGGGAAAAUUUUAAAAAUAUUUUUUUUAAAAAAAAGGCGUUAACCCUUUAAACUGCCAGCGAGACAAAAUGUGGCAGCUAGGGUUAAUGCCCUUUCAUCACCCAAAAUCCUACUUUUUUUGUUAACCAGUUCCUGCUCCACUUAAUAUCCCUACUUCCCUGUAAUAAACAUCAUUGAAAGCAGA